AUGAACCAGACAGCGACCAUGUCGUCCAUGCCAAUGGAACUCAACCUGCCCCGGGUGGUGCCCGGUGGCCAGCACAUCAGUUAUUACGUUGCCAUCAGCGCGAUGCUAGUGGUAGCCUGGCUCUUCCAGUCGCGAAGGCCAAAAUUUCCCGACAUGCCCUUCUACAAGGCCGCCAAGACGAAGUGGAUGUUUGACGCCGAGACGUUGAUUCGCGACAGCUAUGGCAAGUUCCGCGACACUGUAUAUCAGAUUAAAGCGACAGAAGGUCUGCAGGUUCUUGUACCUGCAAGACUCAUUGGCGAGUUGAGAAGCUUGCCAGAAGAGGUGUUGAGCGCCACAGAGGCCGUCGACGAGGCCAUGUUGAGCAGAUAUACCAACUUCACCCUCGGCAACCACGCCGACCUACUGUCUACACUUGUGCGGUGCAAGCUGUCGCAGAACUUGGCCAGGCUUGUGCCCCAGCUCAAGAGUGAGCUCGAGUACGUUGUCGCCACUGAGUUUCCGAACUGCAAGGUAAAGUUCCAACCCUUCGCGCUACGAGCCAUUGCACGGAUCAGUGGUCGGGCAUUCGUAGGCCCCGAUGUCAACCGACAAGAGCAGUGGAUGGAUAUCAGCAUCAACUUUGCCAUCCACGUCUUCGUCGCUGUCGUGAAGAUGCAGCUCUUUCCGGAGUGGGCCCGACCGAUUGCGCAGUAUGGAGUUUCGGAGUUGCGGCAGAUUCGCAAAGACGUUGACAAGGCUACCGCCAUGCUGAAGCCCAUCAUCGAUGAAAGAUUAAGGGAUCUGGAGAUGCCUAGCUUUGAAAAGUCUCCCGACGACUUGAUUCAGUGGCUUGUCGAAGCCCUCCCAGAGGACGAGAAGAGAGACGUCAGGUCCCAGGCGCACCUCCAGCUCAUCCUCGCAGCUGCGUCGAUCCACACCACGAACAACCUGGUGACGGAUUGCAUCUACGACCUAGCAGCACACCCAGAGGUGCAGGACAUGCUGCGCGAAGAAGCUCAUCAAGUUCUUGAAGUGGAAGAUGGCUGGGCGAGGAAGGAGAGCAUGGCGAAGCUGAAGAAGCUCGACAGCUUCAUGAAGGAGACCCAGCGGCUCGCCGGUAAUAUUACCUCCUUCAUCCGAAAGGUCGUCAAGCCCAUUGACUUGUCCGACGGCACCCACCUGCCGCCCGGCACGAAGCUCCUGGCUCCGCAGGCCGGCAUCUCGCACGACGAGAGAUACUUUGAGAACCCAGAUACCUUUGACGCGCUGCGCUUCUUCAAAUUACGACAGAAGUCCGACGAGGACGCAAACAGGUGGCAGUUCACCAGCAUUAGCGAUACCAACAUGAACUUCGGCGCCGGGAAGCACGCCUGCCCGGGCCGCUUCUUUGCCGGGAACGAGAUCAAGAUGGUGCUUGCGUACUUUUUGCUCAACUACGACAUGAAGCUCAAGGACGGAGAGACGAGGCCGAAGCCGAUGGUAAUGGUGAUGAGCAAGUCGCCUGACCCGAAUGCCGAGGUCCUGUUCCGGAGGCGAACGGCUGCGGCGUGA